UAUUCUUUAUUACUGUAUCAUCAAUGGAUUGCGCCUCCCCACCUAUGGAUUCUUCUAAUAUUCAUGAAAAUAUUUAUUUUUCAAGCCAUGCUACCUUACUUUCUUGGGUUGAUCAGAUUCGAAAACUGUGCACACCAGAAAAGGUAUAUUGGUGUGAUGGAAGUGAAAAGGAGUACAAUACUUUGUGCGAUAAAUUAGUGAAUUCGGGUACUUUUGUUCGAUUAAAUCCAGCCAUUCGGCCCAACUGUUUCGUUGCAAGAACAGACGAACGCGACACUAGUCGCCCAGAUGAAAAGGCCAUAUUGAGCAGUCGAAAUCAAUCCGAUGUCGGCCCUACCAAUUCAUGGAUGCACCCUGAGGAAUUAAAGCCCAAACUUGAAAGCUUAUUUAGAGGCUGCAUGCGAGGAAGGACUAUGUAUGUGAUUCCUUUUUGUAUGGGGCCUCUUAAAUCACCCUACUCUAGAAUUGGCGUUGAAAUCACCGAUUCUCCCUACGUAGUAGUUAAUAUGAGAAUCGUUACACGCAUUGGUAAAGAGGUGCUAUCUCAGCUUUCUACCAAUGACUCGUUUAUACCGUGUAUUCACUCUGUCGGAUACCCGCUGGUCUCGAGCCAACAUGAGGAUGUGCCAUGGCCGUGCAAUCCAGACAAACUGAUUGUGGCCCAUUUUAUUGAAGAACCAUCCAUUUGGUCUUAUGGCUCUGGAUUUGGUGGAAACGCGAUGCUUUCUAAACGUUCAUUGGGUCUUAGAAUCGCUUCUUAUAUGGGAACCAAGAAACCAAGCUGGCUCACUACUCAUUGCAGUAUUUUGAGUUUAACCUCUCCUGAGGGGAAGAAAUUCUAUCUUGCUAAUGGGUUUUUGACGGGAACAUCCAAAACGAAUAUAGCUUUUUUGGUCUCAAAUCUUCCAGGAUGGACACAAAAGUGUAUUAGCGACGAAAUUUCGUGGAUGAAUGUUGGAGAAGAUGGCAAGCUUUAUGCGAUAAAUCCAGAGAAUGGCUUCUUUGGCGUGGCUACGGGCACAAACGAUUUUACUAAUCGCUCAAUGAUGGAUGCCAUGCAAUCCAAUACAAUUUUUACCAAUGUUGCCGUAACUCCAGAUGGCGAUGUGUGGUGGGAAGGGAAGACGAAGGAUAUUCCUGCCAAACUUAUUGAUUGGAGAGGCAAUGAGUGGACGCCGGAUUGCGGCCGAAAGGCGGCACAUCCAAAUUCUCGGUACACGAUACCCGCGGCUCAGUGCCCAAUUAUUGAUCCUGAGUGGGACAAUCCCAAUGGCGUCCCGAUUUCUGCAUUUUUGUUUGCGCAUCGCCGAGCUACUACAGUUCCCGUGGUAUACGAAGCCUUCUCCUGGAAUCACGGAGUCUUUAUGGCUUCAACGUUGUCUGUUGAUGCCUACGUCACCAGAGAUAGACUGGUUCCUGCUCAUAGGGACGCAUUUUCAAUGACUUCGUUCUGUGGUACAGACAUCAACAAGUAUCUAUCACAAUGGCUUGAAUACCGAAGGUACCUUGGGUAUUCGAGUCCGCGUAUAUUUUCAGUAAACUGGUUCAUUGAGGAUACCUCCGCGUUCUCUUUUGGUGAAUCUGGUACAUAUUCUUCGAAAAAUAAGUAUUUGUGGCCAGGAUAUGACGAGAACAUUAGGAUUUUGAAAUGGAUUUGCGAGCGCAUUGAUGGCAGCAUGGACGCUCAUCGUACAGCCAUAGGGUAUGUGCCGCUGCCUCGAUCCUUGGAUCUCACCGGGUUAUCUAUAUCUUUCGACAACUUGCAACAGCUACUCCGAGUCUGCCCAGAAUCUUGGAUGCAGGAGGUUCAAAGCAUUAAAGAAUAUUUUGGAACGUUUGGUCCGAAUUUUCCGCAGGAACUUAUGAACCAGCUGAAUCAGCUUGAAAAGAGGCUUGAUUUCGCCGAAGGAAAGCCAUUCACACACAACGAAAAGCUGUUGAAAUGGGUCGAUGAGAUUACUAGUUUGUGCAGGCCGGCUAAGGUUUAUUGGUGCACAGGGACCACAGCCGAAUACGAUUAUUUGUGUUCACAGCUCGUUGAAUCUCGAACUUUCAUUCCGCUUAAUUCGAAAAUGCGACCCAACUCUUACUUGGCUCGAUCUGACCCGCGAGAUGUCUCGAGAAUUGACGAAAGACUGUUCGUAUGUUCCAAGGAUGAAUCUUUGGCAGGCCUUACAAAUAAUUGGGCAGAUCCAGGACAAAUGAAAAAAAGGCUCGAAAAAUUAUUUGAUGGCUGUAUGGAGGGUAGAACCCUAUAUGUUAUUCCUUUCUGCAUGGGGCCUCUAUCCUCUCCAUAUUCUAAGUUUGGGGUCGAGAUUACGGAUUCUGCAUACGUUGUAGUAAACAUGCAUAUUAUGUCCCAUAUAGGAAUCAAGGUGCUUACUUCUAUGGGCGAUGCGCCGUUUGUACGUUGUUUGCAUUCGGUGGGUGUGCCUCUGAAGCCGGGACAGGUGGACGUUCCUUGGCCGUGCAAUCCGGACAACACGGUUAUUGCGCACUUCCCGGACGAGCCGAUGGUUAUUUCGUAUGGGUCUGGGUACGGAGGCAACGCGUUGCUUGGGAAGAAGUGCUACGCGCUUCGCAUUGCAUCGGUGCUGGCUCGAAAGGAGGGCUGGUUGGCGGAGCAUAUGUUGAUACUUGGCAUUACUUCGCCGGAAGGGAAGAAGUACUAUAUAGGUGCCGCGUUUCCGAGCACGUGUGGGAAGACCAAUUUGGCGAUGUUGGUACCUACGUUACCAGGGUGGACGGCUCGAUGCGUGGGCGACGACAUCGCGUGGAUGCACAUAGGGAAUGAUGGGCAACUGCGAGCGAUCAACCCUGAGGCAGGGUUUUUCGGCGUGGCGCCGGGCACGUCGGAGCUGUCGAAUCCGUCGGCGAUGCGUACGAUACAGAAGAACACGAUAUUUACGAAUGUGGCACUGACGCCGGACGGAGACGUAUGGUGGGAGGGCAUGACAAAACAAAUACCGGAGGUAUUGACGGAUUGGACGGGGAACACGUGGACGCCGGACUGUGGUCGAAAGGCGGCGCACCCGAAUUCUCGAUAUACGGCGCCGGCGUAUCAAUGUCCUGUGAUAGAUCCUGAAUGGGAGAACCCCAACGGGGUGCCCAUUUCCGCUAUUGUGUUUGGCAGCCGUAGAAGCACUUUGAUGCCUCUUGUCACCGAGGCCUUUUCGUGGCAACAUGGCAUCUUUAUGGGUUCGACAACAUGCAUUGAUGACGACGGUUCCCAAGGGGAGCAAGGGCGGAUACAACGGGAUCCGUUCGCGAUGUUGCCGUUCUGCGGCUACAACAUGGGUGAUUACUUUAACCACUGGCUACAUUUCCGAAAGAACCUGGGCUACAACUCGCCGAAGAUAUACCACGUUAAUUGGUUUUUGAGAAAUGAAAAGGGUCAAUUGCUAUGGCCUGGAUUUGGGGAAAAUUCUCGUGUGCUGAAAUGGAUUUGCGAGCGUAUCGGCAGAAAUCCAACUGGAAAAGCAGUCAAAACGCCUGUUGGGUAUAUUCCAGUACCGGGCGCACUCGACUUAAAUGGGAUUGAUAUGGCAGCUGAGACGUUGAAUCAACUAUUUCAUAUUGACGUUGAGAUGUGGAAAAAGGAGUGUGCGCAACUUCGAGAAUUUUAUAAGAAGUUCGGCAGUCACAUGCCCGAAAUAAUUUACCAGGAGUUAAAAGGACUAGAAAACCGACUUAGCGUGACGGAUUCAGUAUGCACCUCGACCAACAGGCACCUUCUUGCCUGGGUCGAAGAAAUUCAACGGCUAUGCAACCCCAGCAGAGUGCACUGGUGUACCGGAACGGAAGCCGAGUACCAGGAGUUGUGCGCUUCUAUGGUGGCGAGCGGUACUCUGAUUAAGCUGAACGAGAGGAUUCGGCCCAAUUGUUAUCUCGCCCGCUCCGAUCCCAGAGACGUGGCAAGGGUCGAAAGUAAAACGUUUAUCUGCAGUGCGAAGGAAGAAGACGCAGGUCCGACUAACAAUUGGCUUGCUCCAGACGUGAUGAAGAAAAGGCUGAACGGGUUGUUAGAGGGUUGCAUGGAAGGAAGAACCAUGUAUGUGAUACCUUUUUGUAUGGGGCCAGUAGGAUCUCCGUAUUCUAAGUAUGGCGUUCAAAUUACUGAUUCGCCAUACGUCGUUGCGAACAUGAAGAUUAUGACUCGAAUAGGGACGAAGAUACUUAACCUCAUAACUGAGGAUCAAUUUUAUCUCCGUUGUUUGCACUCAGUGGGGAUGCCUCUGAAGCCGGGACAGGCGGACAUUCCUUGGCCGUGCAAUCCGGACAACACGGUUAUUGCGCACUUCCCGGACGAGCCGAUGGUUAUUUCGUAUGGGUCUGGGUACGGAGGCAACGCGUUGCUUGGGAAGAAGUGCUACGCGCUUCGCAUUGCAUCGGUGCUGGCUCGAAAGGAGGGCUGGUUGGCGGAGCAUAUGUUGAUACUUGGCAUUACUUCGCCGGAAGGGAAGAAGUACUAUAUCUGUGCCGCGUUUCCGAGCGCGUGUGGGAAGACCAAUUUGGCGAUGUUGGUACCUACGUUACCAGGGUGGACGGUUCGGUGCGUGGGCGACGACAUCGCGUGGAUGCACAUAGGGAAUGAUGGGCAACUGCGAGCGAUCAACCCUGAGGCAGGGUUUUUCGGCGUGGCGCCGGGCACGUCGGAGCUGUCGAAUCCGUCGGCGAUGCGUACGAUACAGAAGAACACGAUAUUUACGAAUGUGGCACUGACGCCGGACGGAGACGUAUGGUGGGAGGGCAUGACAAAACAAAUACCGGAGGUAUUGACGGAUUGGACGGGGAACACGUGGACGCCGGACUGUGGUCGAAAGGCGGCGCACCCGAAUUCUCGAUAUACGGCGCCGGCGUAUCAAUGUCCUGUGAUAGAUCCUGAAUGGGAGAACCCCAACGGGGUGCCUAUUUGCGCGCUGCUAUUCGGAGGGCGUCGCGAGCACCUUUUACCGUUGAUUAUGGAAGCUUAUAUUUGGGAACAGGGCGUGCUGAUGGCAUCCGUUAUUUCGAGUGAGCAGACGGCAGCGGCGGAGGGAACGCAGGGACAAAUCCGACGGGAUCCGUUCGCGAUGUUGCCGUUCUGCGGCUACAACAUGGGUGACUACUUCAAUCAUUGGGUUGACUUCCGGAAGAACCUUGGGUACUUGAGUCCGAAGAUAUUUUACGUAAAUUGGUUCCGUAAGGAGGGGGAUUCCUAUUUAUGGCCUGGAUUUGGGGAAAAUUCUCGUGUGCUGAAAUGGAUUUGCGAGCGAGUGGACGGGGUUGGCAAGGCUAGGGCGACGCCUAUAGGGUACAUGCCCACGCAUGAUGCGCUUGAUUUGGGUGGGUUGGACGUGUCCAUCGAGACCAUUCACAAGUUGACAUAUGUGGACGAGCAGGCUUGGUUGAAGGAGAUACCGAGUAUCCGAAGUUUCUUUGCUAAGUUUUCGGACCGCCUACCUAAGGCGUUUACGGAGAUUUUAGACAAUUUGGAACUGAGGUUGAAGAGAGCUACGGAGGCGCCGACGGCCGAUCCGAAGUUGUUGGCGUGGGUUGAAGAAGUCCAGCGAUUGUGCGAGCCGGCUAGGGUGGUGUGGUGCAAUGGGACGGCGGAGGAAUACAAUGAGUUGUGUGACUUGCUGGUUUCGUCUGGUACAUUUACGAGGCUGAACGAAAAGCUGCGCCCGCAUUCUUUCUUAGCGAGGACGAACCCGUUGGAUGCUAGAAGGGAGGUCGAGCGCAAUUAUCUUUGCACCCCGAACCGCGACGAGGCAGGGCCUGGGAACAUUUGGGCGGAUCCCAACGAAACCAAGCAGAAGUUGAGACAGCUUUUCAAGGGUUCUAUGCGAGGGCGUACUAUGUACGUGGUACCGUUUACGCUUGGACCGUGGGGUUCGACACAUUGUCGAACUUGCGUUCAAAUUACGGAUUCUCCUUACGCUGUGGCGAACGUGCACCUUUUGACUCGCAUGGGAACGCCGGUGUUGGACAGCAUUACUGGACUCAAGCAGUACAUUCAGGUGGUGCACUCGAUGGGAAGGCCGUUGAUUCGCGAUGACGGGGUGGCGGUUCCGGAUGUGAGUUGGCCGUGUGACUUGAAUAACCGCUUGAUAGCGCAUUUUCCGCAGGAGAUGAGUUGUUGGUCUUAUGGCUCCAACUUUGGUUCGAACGCGUUGCCGACGCGCAUAUCUGUGGGGCUGCGAAUAUCGUCUGCGAUGGGGUACAAGGAGGGUUGGUUUGCCGAGAGAAUGGCCAUUUUGUCGAUUACGUCGCCGAAUGGUCCGAAGCACCACGUUGCGUUCGCAGCGCCCAGAGGUUGCGGUAAGACGAACGUCGCGAUGCUUGUUCCCGUUAUUCCUGGUUGGACGGUGAGGUGUCUUUCUGAUGAGCUCGCGUGGCUGUACGUUGGAGAGGACAACCGUCUUUGGGCGAUAAAUCCGGAGACGGGGUUGUUUGAUGGGGCCAUGUCCAAGUCGUAUUCGACAAACAAGUCGGCGAUGACUACGGUGAAGAAGAACUCCAUUUUCAUAAACACCGCGAUGACUCUCGAUGGUGAUGUGUGGUGGGAGGGCAUGACGCCUGAGCCUCCUUCCGAGCUGAUUGAUUGGACUGGGAACAGGUGGAACCCUAGUUUUGAUACGCCCGCAGCUCAUCCGAACGCUCGAUAUACGACGCACCUGUCGAAUUGUCCGGUUGUGGAUCCGGACUGGAACAAUCCCAACGGAGUUCCUAUUUCCGCGAUUAUAUUUGGAAAUCGAAGGUCGUCAGUUCUUCCUUGGGCCUGCGAGGCGCCUUCUUGGGAGCGCGGAGUGUUUUACGGUUCGAUUCUUUCUUCUGAGUUUUCCGAGAUUCGGCAGUCAGACCCCUCGUCGAUUGGGAUUAGGGACGAGAACAACCCGAACGUGCUGCGACAGCCGUUCGCUAUGUAUGGACACACAGGUUACAACAUUUGCGAUUACUUCAGCCACUGGCUAUCUCUAAGGAAGCACUUGGGGUACAGCGUGCCCAAGAUAUUCUUCGUCAAUUGGUUCCGCAAGUCCUCGGCGUCGGGGAAGAUAUUGUGGCCGGGGUUCAACGAGAAUUCUCGGAUUUUGAAAUGGAUUUAUCAGCGGAUUACCAACGAGGUGAACGCCACGAAGACGCCGAUUGGUUUCGUGCCCAGUUCUUCAAGUCUCGACUUACGUGGUUUGGACAUUUCCUUCGGGGACGUGCACCAGGGGCUGAAGGUGGACGAAGAGGAGCUCAGGUCUGAAGUGUCGAACAUUGAGGCGUUGUACAAGAAGCUUGGGAGUCGAAUGCCGAGUGGUUUGUGGACGGAGCUCAAUUAUCUGAAGUCAGAUUUGAGGAUGAAGGUUUAAUGUGCGCUGAGAGCGCGUCGCGCGGCAUGAUUUAGAUCUGGGCUAGCAUUGGUUUUGUGUAGGAGGUGUGUGUGUACAGUAUCUAAAAAAAUGCCCGAUUUUCAA